UACAAAUCGCAGCAGCAAUAGAGGGAAGACUGCUAUAUAAAGCCGUCCAGACACCCUCACUCCCUCCAAUUCUUCCAAACAAUUCAACUCACUCAAUCCUCUCUCAUCCUCUGCUCUCUGCUUCUACUACCAAGAUGUGCCACGACGAAAUCGCCCUCAACGGCUGGACCAGCACCCCCGCCAACCCGGCCCUCAUCUUUGGCAACAAGCCCUACAUUAACGCCCCCACCCCGAUCCCUCUCAGCAAGAUCGACUUUCCCUCCACCGACCCCAUCGUCUCCCAGACCCUCGACUACGUGACAUCCAUCCUUCCCCGCGAGACCCUCAACCACUCCAUGCGAGUCUACCAUUACGGAAAAAUCAUCCAAACCCAACAAUUCCCCACCUCCCCCCUCCAAUCCACAACCUGGGCCCUCGCCUGUCUCCUCCACGACAUCGGCACCGCCCCCUCCCUCCUAACCAGCACGCACAUGUCCUUCGACUUAUUCGGGGGCAUCAAAGCCCUCUCCGUCCUCACCUCGUUCGGAUGUCCCACCGACGUCGCCGAAGCCGUUGCCGAGGCUAUCAUUCGACAUCAGGAUCUGGGUGUGGAUGGGAACAUUACCUUCCUGGGACAGUUGAUUCAGUUGGCGACGAUCUAUGAUAAUGUGGGGGAACAUCCCCAGAUGAAGGAUUUGGGGGGUUGGGAGAUUAAUACUAGGUGGAAGAGGGAGGGCUGGAGUGGGGUGUUUGCGGGGGUUAUUAGGGAGGAGGUUGGGGUAAAGCCGUGGUGUCAUUCUACUCAUGUGGUGGGGUUUGAGGGGUUGGUUAGGGGGAAUAUGUUGUUGAGGGAGUGGGAGUAGCUUACUUAGGGGAUGGCUGGUCUGGGGAGGAAAGGAAGGAGAAUUGAUAAUGUUGAUUGUUUUAGUAUACUAAUUGGAAUGUUAAGCUUGUG